UCUUGCCUACCCGCGAAUUCAUUGAAAUGUGGGCCCCACCACCGCUCUCUCUUCCCACUGCAUCUCUUUUUUGUCAUCUCUCUCAUUUCAUCAUCAUCUAAAACCCCUUGGGAUUCGAGAUCUCUCAAAUCCCUCUCUUCCUCUUUCUCUCCCUCUCUCUUAUCAAGAGCAGAUCUGAAGAAGAGAGAGACAGAGAAAGCGAGGGUUCUUUCAAUGAAGUUCAACGGCAAUCCAAAGCUCAUACUCUUCCAACCCUCUCCACACAAACCAGGAGGAGCCUCCAACCGUCUAUGGCUCCUGGCCUUCGUCUCCUUCUUUACAUUCGUCAUCUUACUCACUCUCAUCACUACUAGAGAAAUCCCUCUCUCUUCAUCUUCCUCUCCAUCCAUCCUUCCUUCGCUCUCCACCGACGUCGUAGAUGCCCUCAUCCACUACUCCUCUUCCUCCAACGUAACCGGCCGAAUGCCCCCUCACGAGCUCCGUGCAGUCGCCAACGCCCUCCGCCUCUGCUCUCCUUGCAACUUCCUCAUCUUCGGCCUCGGUCACGAAACCCCCCUCUGGCGGUCCAUCAACCACAAUGGACGGACCGUAUUCCUCGAUGAGAACCAGUACUACAUCGCCAUGCUCGAAGAGAGGCAUCCCAACUUGGAGGCGUACGACGUUCAGUACACCACCAAGGUGAGUCAGAUGUGGGAGUUGCUGGCCUCAGCUAGGGAGCAGAUUCGAAAUGACUGCCGACCCGUCCAGAAUCUCCUCUUCUCCGACUGCGGCCUCGGCAUCAAUGACCUUCCUAAUCAGCUCUACGACGUGAACUGGGAUGUGAUUUUGGUUGAUGGGCCACGGAGUUAUAAUCCGUCCGCGCCUGGGCGGAUGUCGGCGAUCUUCACCGCAGGCGUGCUGGCCAGGAGCAAGAAAGGCGGGAGAUCGACUACGCAUGUGUUUGUUCAUGAUUAUGAUAGGGAGGUGGAGAGGGUUUGCAGUGAGGAGUUCUUGUGUAGGGAGAACAUGGUUGGUAAGAUUGGAUUGUUGGCUCAUUUCGUCUUAGAAAGGAUGGAUGCUAAUACCUUUGAGUUUUGCCGUAAUCAUACAUCAUCAGCAUCUUCAUCAUCAGCGUCUUCAUCAACUUAGUAUUGUUAGUAACGGAAGUGAUGUCUGAAGACAUCAUGAUAUUUGUAUUUCUUUCAGUUUCAAUGUAUUUUCGGACCUGAUAUUUACACCCACCUGAUUUUAUUUCAUGCA